GCAGGAAAGAGGGCUAUAAGGGCCGCGGCCCGGGCGGGCGGGAGCCAGGCAGGCCAUGGCGGAUGUCCCCGGGGCGCAGCGACCGGCUGCCGGCGGCGGCCCAGAGCCUCGGGACCCCCUGGACUGCUGGGCCUGCGCUGUGCUGGUCACGGCCCAGAACCUGCUGGUGGCCGCCUUCAACCUCCUCCUGCUGGCGCUGGUGCUGGGGACCAUCCUGCUACCCGCUGUCACUAUGCUCGGCUUCGGCUUCCUCUGCCACUCCCAGUUCCUGCGCUCCCAGGCACCUCCUUGCACCGCGCACCUGCGGGACCCGGGCUUCACGGCCCUGCUGGUCACCGGAUUCUUGCUCCUCGUGCCGCUGCUCGUGCUAGCCCUGGCCAGCUACCGCCGCCUUUGCCUCCGCCUCCGCCUGGCCGACUGCCUCGUGCCCUACAGCCGAGCCCUCUACCGGCGCCGGCGCGCCCCGCAGCCGCGGCAGACCCGGGCCUCACCAGGGGCCCAGGUCCCUCCCACAUCAGGAAAGGUCUGGGUCUGAGGACCCGCGAGUCAAGAACCACCCUGACGACUGCCCCCACUUCCAGUCGGCCCAAGGACUUGAAAAAACAGGGUGGGGGGGGGGUGUCUCCUGACCUACUGUGCUGCCACCGGUGCCUAAGCCGGGUUCCAGCAUCCCCUCGGGGGAACCGGAGCCUCCGUGGACCCAAAGCUGGCGGAAAUCUGCCACACCCCGGAAAACCCACUUUCCUCCCUGAAUCCUGAACAUCUGGGCUGGACCCUGCCCACCCCCACCCCCCACUCUCCCGUCCCUCAGGACAACUGAACCUCAUGUGGUCCCUCUGCUGGUGCAGCUCCUCUGGGAUCUACGGGCUGAGGGGGCCAGAUUGGAGGGGGAGCGACCGCACAUCAAUAAAGAAUGAGCUGAA